AUGACACCUACCAUGGCAGCGUGGCCGCAACCUCAACAGCCGUCAACCAUGGGCUGGGCAGACCACUCACUGCAAGACCAUCAUAUGCAGUAUCCUCAUCAGACUAUGAUGCAGACUUACAUGCAGCCAGUCCGUCAACCAUCAAUGACCAACCACCAACUUCCCCAGGAGAUGCAACCCCGACCCUCGCAGAGUGGGCCCUGGACACCGGAGGAAGAUGACAUUCUCAUCAAAGCCAAGGGUCAAGGCUUGGCCUGGGAAGAAAUCCACAAACAAUUCUUUCCCAACAAGACGGGAAAUGCAUGUCGGAAGAGGCAUGACAGGUUGUUGAUCAAAGCAAGAGAUCCGACGUGGGAUGAAGCCCGAACACAGAAAGUGGUCGCACGGUACAAUCGAGUACGAGACCAAGUUUGGCGUGGCAUUGCUGAACAGGUUGGAGAAAAGUGGGAGGACGUGGAAAGAGUGAUUCUCCAACAAGGCUGUCGGGGGUUGAGGACUCGGCCUCGUCAACAUGCGAGGAACAGAUCUCGAGCGAGCUCUGGUCAGGCCGGACUGAGUGAGUGGGAGCAGAUGCCAUCACCAGAUGAUCAUGACAACACAGAUGAUAGCGGGAUCAGCCUGGGACACCCUGGACACAGUCGACGAACGAGUGAAAUCGUGGUGACUCGACAACAGAGCCUCCCUGGCGUGGAAUAUCUUCUGGGGGAGGACAACCAAACUCAGUAUACCUAUGCUUCGUACAAUGGGGAAGGCACCCAGUGA